GCAGUGGCAGUUGGAAGAGGAGGAGCCACCUCUGGCCCCUUGAGUGACAGUUAGAUGGCGGGUUAGCUGGAAGACCACCAGAAUCUAGAGAAUGAUCACCUGUCAGUCCUUGCAACCUUUAUUUGGCUUUGACAUUUCUUAUGAGUAAGACAAUUUGAAGGUGAUGAAGGCGCCAUUAGGUCACUUGAGGAGAAACGCAACACGAGUGUGGAAUGAAUAAAUUGAAAAUGGAUAUGCGUUCUCAUGGCUCACCAGUAACCAUUAUAGAAAAUGUUGCCUCGCAGCUAGCAUGCAGUCCAGUGGAUAAGAAAGUUGCUUUGCACUUAGAUAAAGAGGAUGAGCUAAAACACCUCCGUGAAUGUUUCCACAUUCCCAAAAUGAAGGAUCUGCCUCCAACUGAUCUAGCUUUGGUGAAUGAGAAUGAAAACUGCAUCUACUUUGCUGGUAAUUCUCUUGGACUUCAGCCAAAGAAAAUUAAAACUUACUUGGAUGAAGAACUUGACAAGUGGGCUAAACUAGGCGUUCAUGGUCAUUUCAGUGGUAAACGACCUUGGGCUUUAGGAGAUGAGUGCAUUGUGGAGCUUAUGGCUGAUAUUGUAGGGGCUCGUAAAGAAGAGGUAGCAUUAAUGAAUGGCUUGACAGUUAAUCUACAUCUCCUAAUGCUAUCAUUCUUCAAGCCUACCUCAGAUCGCCAUAAAAUUCUUCUGGAGGCCAAAGCUUUUCCUUCUGACCAUUAUGCUGUCGAGUCUCAGCUGCAAUUUCAUGGUCUUGAUGUGGAGAGGAACAUGCUUAUGAUAGAACCACGAAAGGGGGAGGAGACCUUGAGAACUGAAGAUAUCCUUGCUGUAAUUGAGAAGGAAGGGGACUCUCUUGCUGUAAUUCUGUUCAGUGGUGUGCAGUACUACACAGGACAGCUGUUUGACAUCCCCAGAAUAACAAUGGCUGGCCAAGAGAAGGGUUGCAUUGUUGGAUUUGACCUGGCUCACGCUGUUGGAAACGUAGAGCUGCAUUUACAUGACUGGGGAUUAGACUUUGCCUGCUGGUGUUCCUAUAAGUAUCUAAAUUCUGGAGCAGGGGGUCUAGCAGGUGCCUUCAUUCAUGAGAAACAUUCCCAGACUGCAAAGCCAGCGCUAAUAGGAUGGUGGGGUCAUGAAUUCAAAACCAGAUUUCUCAUGGAAAACAAAUUGCAGCUGAGUCCUGGUAUCAAUGGCUUUCGAUUAUCAAAUCCUUCCAUUUUAUUAGUGUGUGCUCUUCAUGCUAGUUUAGAAAUCUUUGGUAAAACUGCAAUGAAACUUCUGAGAAGGAAAUCUGUUCUUCUUACUGGUUACUUGGAGUACUUGAUAAAGCAUCACUACAGUGAAGACAGAAAUGACCCUGAGAAGCCCUAUAUAAAAAUAAUCACACCUUCUCACAUUGAAGAAAGAGGUUGCCAGCUCACACUGUUUUUUUCUGUUCCAAUUAAAGCUGUGUAUAAAGAACUGGAAAAAAGGGGAGUAGCUUGUGACAUGCGGGAACCCAAUGCUCUUCGUGUUGCUCCUGUUCCUCUCUACAAUUCUUUCCAUGACGUGCACAGAUUUAUUGAAAUUUUGAGAUCUGCAAUUACGUCUGCAAAGUGAAGAACACAAACACUACUGCACUGCCCUGAUCUUAUUGACAGUGUAGCUGUAUCUUUUAAUCUAAUUCUGACUAUGUUGCAUCAAUGCUUUUGAGCAAUUUUUGUUGUUGUUUCUACUAGACUGGCUAUAUUUUACCAAUUAUUUCCAAAGAUGAAUUUUGCUUGGAUAAUUAUUCACAAUAGAUAUACUUUUUAUUAAAUUAUCUAUUUCCACUGAUUUGAACUCUAGGAAUUAAUAUGCUUUAUGUAUUUUAAUGGGAACAGUUUUUAGCAUUCUAGAUGCUGCCAUUAUCUAGGUACUUUGUUCUGCUUAGCUUACAUCAAACUAAACAGAACUGUUGCAAACUUGAAGUUUCUUUGUAUUAUAUUACUGUGAAGUUAAGCUAACAAAGUAUUAUUAGGCAUUAUCUAGAAUGCUAUAGAUGUAACCCAUUUUGCAUUUUGUAUUAAAGUGAAUUUUGAUUUGUAUUAAAGUUAAUUCACACAUCUGCAUUCUCAUCAAAAUAAAAACAUAAGGAAUGUACAAGAAACCUCUACAGUUCUAAACAUUUCAUGAUUAUUUUAAGGACUAUAUUUUUCUGUAUUGAAUUGUUCUACUCAUUUCUGGCAUCUAUUUAUUAUUAACGGUGAUAUUUAGCCACUGUCCAAAGAGAGUGGGAAAGAAUAGGAGGGUGGUAUAAUCUACUUUAUGUCCUGGAGGGGAAUGUAUGGACAGAACAUACAGGUGGGGAGUUAUGGACAGAAAUCUGACAGAGAUGCUAAUACUUUGAACAACUGUGGGAGAAUCUGAAACCUUGAAAGUAAAUGGUAAACAGUUGAAGAUUUUAUAUUACAUAUUGGAUAUUUAUUUUUUAAAAAAGUAUUGUAUGGGCGUUGCUAGGUACUUAAAAUAUCUGGAGCCAGGUCAUAAACUCCCCUUGUUUUGAUAAUUAAAUCUUUUCAUGUUCUCUAAAGAAA